UCUCUUUCAAACAACAUGUUGUUUUUUAAAGAAAUAUGUUGUGCUGUUAUGUUGUGCGUAGUUUUCAACGGGUCAGGAUUUAAAUUAUAUGAUGCUGAACCGCUUCUCAGAGGCGCACCAAAAAUAAAACUUGACUGGCGAAGAGCUGGAGGAGGUCCUGAACAUAGACCCCGGCGGCGAGUACACCACCAUGAACUUCCAGUAUGAGCACGACCAGUACCUGGGGCAGUUUGAAAACAGCGAUAAGGGAGAGCGAUGCUAUAACGAUCAUGUCAGGUGCUUGACAUCCAUCAUGGCCGCUUCUCGACCGGUCUGCGGAACAGAUUCCAUCGGAACCAGAAGUGAAUUCGGCUCCAUGUGUGACUUGUACCUGGACAAUUGCAAGAGACAACAGGCCUAUUGGACCGUCAUCGAUAGCGGGAACUGCACUAGAGCUGCGACAGUAUAUAUUUAUGAUUUUGACGAAACAAAAACCAUUAAAUCUUCAGGCAGAUAAAAAAUAACUAUGUGAUGAAAAUAAACACAGUGCUACCAACAAGAAAAUUAUUUUAGCCGAACCAUACCUACAAUUUCAAAGCAUUAAAGUGGGUAAAAAUAAAUUAUUUCAAUAGUG